AGCAAUGCCAUCUGCCACGGAGAGCCCCGAGGGGGGAGAAGAGGGUGAAAUCUUGCGCUAUGAGGAAAUAGAAGAUGACAGUGUCAGUCCCACCGACCUUUCAGAGCUGUUGAAGGAGGGGACCAAGGAGUCCCAUGACCGUGCUGAGAACACCCAGUUUGUCAAAGACUUCCUGAAAGGACGCAUCAAGAAGGAGCUCUUCAAGCUGGCCACUGUGGCCCUUUACUUCACCUACUCUGCUCUGGAAGAGGAAAUGGAUCGCAACAAGGACAGCCCAGUCUUUGCUCCUCUGUAUUUCCCCCUAGAGCUUCAUCGGAGAGAAGCCUUGGCCAAAGACCUGAAAUAUUUCUAUGGAGAAGACUGGGAGGAGAAGGUGAAGUGCUCUGAGGCAACUCAGCACUAUGUGGACAGAAUCCAUCAUGUGGGACAACAUGAGCCAGAGCUGCUAGUGGCUCAUGCUUACACACGCUACAUGGGAGACCUCUCUGGUGGCCAAGUGCUGAAGAAAGUAGCCCAGAGGGCCCUGAAGUUGCCCAGUACUGAGGAGGGGAUCCAGUUCUACACGUUUGACAGCAUUUCCAAUGCACAGCAGUUCAAGCAGCUCUACAGAGCCAGGAUGAAUGCCCUAGACUUGGACAAGAACACCAAGGAAAGGAUUGUGGAAGAGGCCAAUCGAGCCUUCAGGUUUAACAUGCAGGUAUUCGAUGAGCUGGACAAGAUUGGCAGGUCGCUGCCAGAAGCAGCCCAGGACGGAGGCUUUCCAGUGCACGAUGGGAAGGGAGACGUGCGCAAAUGCCCCUACUAUGCAGACAAGCUGGGUAAGGCUGGAUCCAGCUGCCCCUACCACACUGCUGCAGCCCUGGCAAAGCAACCCCUGAUGCAGCUGAUCCUGGCAGCCUGCGUCGCGGUGGCAGCAGGAGCUGCCGCCUGGUACCUGAUGUGAUGGGGGCAGCGGCGCGUGGCUCCGAGGGGUGGCAAGGGGAGAGGCACGUGCCCAGUGUCCUUCAGACUGGUCUCUUGGUGGUGGUGAGUUGGCUGCGAGGUGGGAGUAAGAAAGGAGGCAGGACUCCGGGGUCAUUGAAGACUCUGUGCACCAAUAGCUCAAGCACUGUCAUGUAAUGUCUCUAGCCGACUGCUGCACGGGACUGGUGUGGCGUCAGGAUGCCACUUCAGCACUGCCCUGCCCAGGCUGGGGCAGCUUUUUAAGGCUAGAGAUGUCUUGUCCUGUGCUGCCAAAGGCUUCACAUGCUUGGCUUUUCGUUUCCUGCUGGGAGCAGCCGCUGGAGGGAGUUUCCUGCCCAAGCCUAACAUUGCGAAUGUGGCAUUGGUCUUUUCAGGGGACAGACUGUGUGCUGCCUGGAAAAACUUGAGGCCCCAGCCGUGCUGCAUGGCUGUGCUGUGGGGCUGUUAGCCCAAAGGAGUGUCCUGCUUGGUGUGGUGCCCUAGCAACCAGGUCUGACUGGGGCUGGAGAAGGUUCCCCGGGGCUGGAGACAGGAUCAUGUGUGUGGGUUGAGGCAUCAAACUGACCAAUAUGUAUUGUGCAACUCUGGGGGUGUGGGGUAGGUUUUGUUCUAAUAAAAAGUUGCAAUGCUGUAGCUGAGGACAGCCAAAAGCA